GGGAAAGUGUCCAUAAUGACUAUUAUUUUAUGUCAAAAUAUUAAAGAUGAACUUGACUGAACAAAGUUCCCAAUUUAUGGCACGAUUUUGGGUUCGCAAAACAGUAAAAUAUCUUUGGUAAAAAUAUAAUGCGUUUUAAUCACAGAAGUAAUCAAAGCCAAGCAUCAAUUAAACCCUAAAGCCAGUUGGAAAAUCAACAUAUUUUUGGAUGACUGUGGGGUCCCAGUGCAGGGAUAAAUGUCUCACUUGUGAGGUGAGUGGUCCCAUUGUUUGGAUGUAAGCAGCCUCAAACAAAUAYGCAGGCUGGGUGCUAAUCUAACAGAAUAUGCAAAGCUGUACACAGUCAACAGAGAGGUUGGAUAAAGGGGCUGGAUAAAAAAGUGGUUGGAACUCAGUCAUUAGAGAAAAUGCCCGAAGACGAAUACAAAGCAUUUGGAGCGGCUGCUUUAAGGGGACCAGUGGUUGAUUAAUUAUAUUAGGGAUGAAUAAUCGAGAAGGAGAGGCCGACAGAUGGAGCUUGUGAUCCCAACCAGAAARCCAAAUAAAUGAACACUUGACUAGGUAGAUCCUUUAUUAAGGAGUCUGGUGGCUUGAUGGGAUAAUUUGAUUUUUCUGGAGAAAAACAAGUUUCUGGACUUGGUUAAUCUCAUCAGAGCGGAUCUACGUUUGGACAGAAGGGGACCUGCUCUCACUGAGUCCAGCAUUUAAACAGAAGUCUGAAGUGAAGCAAUGGCAGCGACAAGCCCUCCAAAAGGAUGUGGGUCCAACAUCAGCUCCAUAUAUUACAACCUGUGUGACCUGACCACGGUGUGGGGGGUCGUGUUGGAGACUAUUGCUGCUGCGGGCGUGAUGACCUCCUUCGUCCUGUUUAUCAUUCUCAUGGCCUCCUUACCAUUUGUGACGGACAAGAAAAGAAAGGGYAUGGUGGCUCUACAGGCCAGUGUUUUAGUCUUUACGUUGGGACUCUUUGGGCUUACGUUUGCCUUCAUUGUGGGUCGGUACUCUACAAGCUGUGCCGCUCGGARGUUCUUGUUUGGAGUAAUGUUUUCUGGCUGCCUGGCCUGUUUGGUGAUGCAUGGACUGUGGCUUUCCCUGUUGAAGCGGAGCACCCGUGGACCCAGAAGUUGGAUGUUGUGGCUGGGAGCUCUGGGUCUCUGGCUCGUUGAGGUGAUCAUCAACACUGAAUGGCUCGUCCUCACCRUCAGAAGCCCAUCUGGAGGAAGUGUUACCCCAUAUCUCCUCUGCAGCACUGCCAAUGAGGACUUUGUAAUGGCUCUCAUUUAUGUGGGGAUUCUGACCCUUGCGGUGGUUKUUACGGUUUCUCCAUCGCUUACACACAAGCACAAGCAAUGGCGCAGAGAUGGCAUUUUCAUCCUGGUCACGGGGCUCUUUACCAUCGCCAUCUGGGUGGUUUGGAUUUUCAUGUACGUCCGUGGAAACCAAGUGAUUGGAAAUCCCAGCUGGGACGAUCCUACUUUGGCUGUCGCUGUUGUGUCGAAUGCUUGGGUCUUCCUUGGCUUCUAUACAAUUCCAGAAAUUUGCCUACUGACACAAGUGAACCCAGACCAGGAGCAACCUUUUGAUGUGGAGGAUGUCUAUCCUGCAAGGAGYCUGGUGUAUGACAACACAGUGAAGGAGCCAGAGCCAACACAGGAGAAUCUUUAUGUAGAGAAUAAAGCUUUCACCAUGGAAGAGCCCCGGUCAGCAGAAUCCACAAAGCCAGAGUCUCCAUAUGGGGUUUAUAAUGGUCAGCUGCGGAGUGCAGUGUACCAGCCAACAGAAAUAGCCCUUAUUUCCAGAGGUCUGACAAUGAUGGACUCCAGUGUCAUGAUACCUCGAGCCGUAACCCCGUCUUUGAAAGCAGGGAGCCGCAGGAGCUCCCCGUCUCGUUCAGUCGAGUCUUCAACGUCUCAAGGACUGUCCUGAGUUCCACAUCAGGGGAGAAAAAAAGGCAUCAGGAGUUUAUUAACAGACUUCUAAAAUGUGCUCCAUGUUUAUUUUUUUGGAUWUGCCUUCAGUAACAUUUCUUUUUUUCUUAAUUCAAACCAGGUUUUGUAGUGUUGUACAUAGUUUGAAGCAAGCGGUGAAAAUCACAGCUUCACACACCUGGUUAAUCAGUACUGACAACCCUUCUUCUGUUGCUCUGACUGCUUUUAAAUCUAAAGCGGCGCGACAAGAAAAAAAUAUCUAGAUCACAACUGAACUAUCUCCAGCAUCAACAUUCAUAAUUGUAACUCUUCAUUCCUGAUUGUAAAACAGUAAACCUGCUUUAAAGGGUUAAUAAUAUUUAACUAAGUUUUAAUAUGCCUAAUAAUAACUGUACACACAUACAUCUAGUAAAUUAUUAAUCUGCUUAUUAUGGCCUGAUGCACUUAGUUGCUUUGUAAAUGUUAGUUAUGUUUUUUAUUUAUAUUUGUAGUGUAAAAAAAUCAUGUGUCAAAAAUAAAUUGUAAAUGUUAA